GUGCCCUGCGCAUUUUCAUACCUCUUCAGACUCGUCACACGCUGAUCCCCCGUGGGCUGCAUGGGAGAGCAUGCACGGGGCCCAGAGGGAGGUGUGGUGCCGCUUUUCCGGGCAGUUCCUUCCGGUGGCUCGUCUGGGCUCUGGUACGUGGGCACUGCAGACCUGCCUCAGGGCUGCCGCCUUGCGUCUGGCACAUCCUGUCUGGGUCCAGAGGUGGGGGUCUUUUAAUGCCUGCGCUCAGCAGUGAAUGUCCCUGUGGAUGCGGCUCUCUCUUCCCUGCGGAGCACCGGGGCUGCCCAGGAAGGUUGCUCGCGGUCCCCCGCAGGGAAACCCCGCCCACCCUGUCUGCUGAGAGGCUGCAGCCUCAUCUGAGGGGCAGCAGGGGCAGCUCAGUGCCAGGUGAGCAGGGGCGAUGGCUGUGUGAAAUAGAGACGGGAGGCACAUGGCCGGGCCUGCGGCAGGGCCCCUGCUGUGCUGACUCGCACGCGCAGUGCCGCCCGGAGCAGCCAGGUGACCGGACAGUUGUGCGGGAGGCGUGCUCAGUGCCAGGAGUCAGUCUCCCUUCCCAGGAGCCCGCCCUCCAGCUUCCCCCGCAGCCAGGGCUGCAACGGAUGUGCAGUCCUGGUGCGCAGCCAGGUGACGAGACAAGCUUCCUGGGCGGUCGGGGCUGCUGACCACACCCUGGGAGGCUGAGAACAGCAGAAGUUGGUUUUCUCUUAGUCCUGGAGGGCAGAUGUCCGACGUCAGGGUUGGAAGGGUCCCGUUCCCCUCGGAGGCUGCAGGGGAGGGGCCUUCCCGCCUCCCCAGCUCCUGGGGCUCCAGUGGCCGCAGCCCCCGAUCGCUGCCUCAGCCUCACAGCCGUGCUCUGGCUUGGCGUCGUCUGAACUAUGUCUGCAAAGACCCGCUUUCCCAAUGAGGGCACCCUCUGAGGGCCCAGGUGGAUGUGAGCUGGGGGGCCUGCCUGGCUUCUUGAGUGGCUGUUGCUGGGCUGCCUCCAGAUCUGAGCUUCUGCCUCGCCCUCGCCCUCGCCAUACCACUCACUUCUCUCUGAGCUUGGCUUCGGCAUUUGGGAAGUGGGGGGUGGGAGCCCUGCUCAGUGCUCCGGAGGAGUGAGGCCCGGAGUCUUGGGUGUCUAGCCCCACGUGUGUGUGUUCAGGAGAGGGACAGAGAGUCCCUGACAGUGUUCAAUGUGUGUCUUCAUGGUGGUGGUGACAUCACUACAGAUAUUUUAAAGAUAGGGUAGCUGGGCUCAUUCCAGGCCAGCAGCGUCCAGUAGAACUUCUUGUGACUUUGGAUAUGUCCUUCCUCUGCACCAGCCUCCUGGAGCUGCUGAGUGCUUGAAGAACUGAGUGUUUAAAUGACGGGCUCCUUCAAAGAGCUGGUUUAUGUGUUCUUCAUGGUAAAAGACGCUGGCCUUGCCCCGGACCUGCUAUCCUACGCGGCCGUCCUGCAGUGCAUGGGGCGUCUGGACCAGGAUGCCAGCACCGUCCGCAGGUGUCUGAAGCAGAUGGCCCAGGACGGGCUGCAGCUGCAGGGGCUCUUCACAGCCGUGCCGCUGGGUGAGGGGGAGCGGGCCGAGCUCUUGCGGGCCGUGCGCAAGGCUGAGCCCACCUUCAGCCCCCCGCCACCGCCGCCGCCUACACCCCAGCUCAACACCUCGCCGCUGCUCAGGGAGGUCUACGCUAAGCAGGGCUGCCCUGUGUCCUACCCGAGGCUGCACCUGCCCCUAAAGAAGCUGCAGGACCUCUUCCAGCAGCAGCUCCGUGUGGAGUUGGCCACCACUGUCACCGUGCAAUCCGUGGAGAAGGCCCAGCCGCCUACCGAGGAGGUCCUGCAUGCGCGGAAGACCCUAGCUGACCUGCGCGCCACGUGGGAGACGGCGCUGUACCAGGAGCUACAGGAGACCAAGGCCAGCGAGGCCCGUGCUGCCCGUGAAGGCCGCCCCUCGCUCUUCCCAUACCUGUGCCUGCUGAGCGAGAGGGAGUUCGUGGGGCUGUUGCUGCAGACCUUGCAGGCGCUGCCUGCGCAGGGAGAGUCGCUUCUCUUCCUGGCUCAUGAGCUGGGUCUGCGCGUCUUCAACCGGCACAUCGUGCAGAGGAAGCAGCUGAGCAAGCAGGUGCAGGUGCUGGAGCAGCACUACAUCAAGUACCUGCAUCUGCUGGCCUCGGACACUCAGGUGGCAGAACGCUGCCUGCCACGGCAGUGGUGGGAAGCUCUGGGGAUGCCUGAGGCCCCGCAUGAGCAGCCCUGGCCCGUGUCUGUGCUGGUGCAGCUGGGCAAGCAGCUGGCAGAGGUGCUGGUGCAGGCGGUGCAGAUGCCCGGCAGCCUGGCGGCGCCCCGGGGCCCUGGCUCCCUCAUCCCGGUGCUCUACCACGUGUACUCGUUCCGCAGCUUUCGCCAGAUCGGGAUCCUGAAGCCGCACCCAGCCUUCACGCAGCUGCUGGAGGCCGCGGCAGAGCGCACGCUGACGUUUGAGUCAACUGAGGUGCCCAUGCUGUGCCCCCCGCUGCCCUGGACAUCGCCCCACUCGGGCGCCUUCCUUCUGAGCCCCACCAAGAUGAUGCGUUCGGUGGAGGGCACCCAGCAGCACCAGCUCCUGCUGGAGCGCUGUCCCCCUGCCCAGCUGCAUGGUGCCCUGGACGCCCUGACCCAGCUGGGCAACUGCGCCUGGCGCGUCAACGGGCGCGUGCUGGACCUGGUGCUGGAGCUCUUCACCGACAAGGGCUGCCCACGCCUGGGCGUGCCCGCCCCGCCCUCUGAGGCCCCCCGGCCUCCCCAGGGCCGCCAGACCCCCAAGAGUGGCCUGCUGCCCGACCUCUCGCCGGCAGACAAGGCGGAGAUGCGGCGGGAGCUGGCCCGCCGCCUGAAGGUGGCACGGGAGAUGCAGAGCCUGCGCGCUGACGCGCUCUGCCGCCUCUCGCUGGCUCAGCACCUGCGGCACCGUGUCUUUUGGCUGCCACACAACAUGGACUUCCGCGGCCGGACCUACCCCUGCCCACCGCACUUCAACCACCUGGGCAGCGACCUGGCCCGUGCCCUGCUGGAGUUUGCCCAGGGCCGCCCUCUUGGCCCUCAUGGCCUCGACUGGCUCAAGAUCCACCUGGUCAACCUCACCGGCCUGAAGAAGCGGGAGUCGCUGCAGGCGCGCCGGGAUUUUGCAGACCAGCUGAUGGAGGACAUCCUGGACUCAGCCGACCAGCCCAUGACAGGCCGGAGGUGGUGGAUGGAGGCGGACGAGCCCUGGCAAGCUCUGGCCUGCUGCAUGGAGAUCGCUCGGGCCACACGUGCCCCUGACCCUGCCGCCUACAUCUCCCACUUCCCUGUUCACCAGGAUGGUUCCUGUAAUGGCCUGCAACACUAUGCCGCCCUGGGCCGGGACAGCGUUGGGGCCGCCUCCGUCAACCUGUUGCCCUCGGACCUGCCGCAGGACGUGUACAGCGGAGUGGCUGCACAGGUGGAGGUGUUCCGCAGGCAGGAUGCUGAGCAGGGUGUGCACGUGGCCCAGGUGCUGGAGGGCUUCAUCAGCCGCAAGGUGGUCAAGCAGACGGUGAUGACUGUGGUGUACGGGGUCACCCGCUACGGGGGCCGCCUGCAGAUCGAGAAGCGCCUCCGGGAGCUCCACAACUUCCCCCAGGAGUUCCUGUGGGAGGCCUCGCACUACCUGGUGCGCCAGGUGUUCAACAGCCUCCAGGAGAUGUUCUCAGGCACCCGGUCCAUCCAGCGCUGGCUGACCGAAAGUGCCCGGCUCAUCUCCCACACGGGUUCAGCUGUGGAGUGGGUCACUCCCCUUGGCAUUCCGGUCAUCCAGCCCUACCACCGUGACUCCAAGGUCAUGAUCAAAGGUGGCAUCCAGAGCCUUACCUUCAGCAGCAGUGGGGACACCAGCCAGAAGCCCAACACGCUGAAGCAGAAGAACGGCUUCCCCCCCAACUUCAUCCACUCGCUGGACUCCUCACACAUGAUGCUCACGGCCCUGCACUGCUACAGGAAGGGCCUGACCUUCGUCUCAGUCCACGACUGCUUCUGGACCCACGCGGCUGAUGUCGCGGUCAUGAACCAGGUGUGCAGGGAGCAGUUUGUCCGCCUGCACAGCCAGCCCAUCCUCCAUGACCUGUCCAGGUUUCUGGUGAAACGGUUCUGCUCUGACUCCAGGGUCUCCAAGAGCGUCUGGGCCUCCCGGCUGCUGGACACGCUGCUGUCGGUGCCCAAGACAGGGGCCUUCGACCUGGAGCAGGUGAAGCGCUCCACGUACUUCUUCAGCUGACGCAGGACACCUCAGUCCCCAGGGCCCAGCGGCUCCCAGGCCACCUGUACCAUAGUGUAAAUAAAGCUCCAUCUGCCACCU